AUUACACAUUAACAUGCUAUGAUGCUAUUAUUGUUCAAUUAUUGUAGCUGUAUAAAUAUACACUAGUCCAUUACAUUUUUGGUGCAACCUAUACCCAAAACAUUGAUCUCUAAUUUCAGUAUAGGAAUAAGAAAAUGUUAGAAGAUACCAAAUUUUGCUUUCAUGAAGCUACCUUCUUAGACCAAGGUGGCUCAAAAAGAACCUUAAGAGUGCCUGUGGUCCAAGAACUAGCGCGCCAUGGCCUUGAAAACAUACCAAAAAUGUUUGUUAAUGCGUCCUUAGACACCCUAGACUCUAACCAAAUUCCUUGCUCACCGACGGAUUUUCCGUCGGUGAGCAUGGCUAAGCUACUAGCUGUGGAGGAGAGACAAAGUGAGCUAAGUAAGCUCGCGGCGGGGGCGAAAGAAUGGGGAAUGGUAUUGGUUAGAGAUCAUGGUGUACCAAUUUCUUUGUUGGGUGGUGUUCAGGAAGUGGUUAAAGGUUUUUUUGAUAUGUCAUUUGAGGAGAAGAAAAAGAGUGUUGGAACAUAUGGUAGUAUAGAUAAUAUGGGUUAUGGGAGGAAUUUUAUUAACCCAAAAAAUCAGCCAAUUGAUUGGAUUGAUCGUUUAACUAUGAAAGCAUCACCUAGAGGAUCAACUGAUGGGCUCAAUGUUUGGCCUCAAAAUCCAACAAAAUUCAGGGAAAUGUUUGAAAGCUACGUUGAGGAGGCCAAAAAAGUUUGUGAUGAGUUACUACAAGCACUUGCUGAAAGUUUAUCAUUAGAUAAAAACUCAUUUAUCCAAUAUUUUGAUCCCAACACAAGGGAAAUUAAUAUCAGGGUAAACUAUUAUCCCCCUUGUCCAGAGCCUAAUUUGACACUAAGUUUCAAUCCACAUACAGAUGCUAGUGCCCUUUCUCUACUUGUCCAAUUUGGCUCUUCUGGUACUCUCCAAGUUAUGCACAACAAUAAGUGGCUAACUGUUCCAUGGCCGCGCGACGCGUUGUUGGUAAAUGUGGGUGAUUUGCUAGAAAUAAUGAGCCAUGGAAGAGUUGAGAGUCCUUGGCAUAGAGUUGUGGCACAAGCUGAUGUAGAGAGGUACUCUGUGGCUACGUUCUUUAAUCCACCCUCGUCGAUAGAAAUUGAGCCUGUUAAGGGUGAUACUUUCAAAGGUAACGUGUAUAAAAAGGUUGGUGACUAUUUGAGACAUGUUUAUAAGAUUAGUCCAACUACAUCUAAAGAGGCUAUCAAAUUUGCCAUGUAUGAAACAUCUACCAAGGAUGUCUUGGCCUAGUGGUUAAGAUUGAGGUACUGUGAACGAUAGGUCACAGGUUCGAAUCCCCCUCCCCUUCUUUAAUUUGUACUUUGUACUGCCUUCGUGGCUCAUAUGGAUCAAAAAAAAAAAAAAGUUGCCAUGUAUGAUCGAUCUGAAAACUAAUUAUGAUUCAAAUUAGUUUUUGGUGAAAAUGUUGUAUAAGGAAAAUUAUUGAAUUCUCUUUAGUUUUUGCAGAGAGGACAUAUAAUCAGGACUGUACCGUUACUGCUAUCUUUAUUUAUGAACCUUUGAGAGUGAAAAUAAAAAAUUGUAUCCUUGAAAACCUACAAAAUAAGUGUAAGUUUCCUAGCUAGCUAGUAAUCUAGCUAGUAAUAAGUGUUGGUUUCCCAACUGCUAUGCUUCCCUUGUGAUUAGCAGAAAUUCAACUUGAUAUUAGUGAUGGUUUUUCAUGCAAAAAAGAAAUCACCA